UGUCAGCUGAUGAGCACGAGAAUGUACGUCCUUACCAGCAGGACAGCGAAAGGUCACUUCCGCAGCAAAAACGGACAUUCAGCGGUUCCAGAAACGACCGUGAGCCCUCAGCCACGGAUUUGGGUGCCUCUAAUGAGCCGCGGACUGCCUUACUGCCCAAACUGCCUUACGUGUGAGACUAUCUCCUGCCCACGUCCUGACCCUGACGCAUCACAUUUUUCGUCUGGCCAAAGAAAAUAAUAGGAAGCCACUCGGCACUGUAUCAUGAAGCUCAGGAUCCUCGCCAUCGCUCUGUCUUGGACGUGUUUACUCCUAAGCCCACGUGGGGCCCAGGAGGUGCAUGAGGACAAGCCGAAUAUUGUCCUGAUGAUAGUGGACGAUCUUGGGAUCGGUGACUUGGGCUGCUUUGGCAAUGACACGAUGAGGACUCCUAACAUCGACCGCUUAGCAAGGGAAGGCGUACAACUGAAACACCACAUCUCCGCAGCGUCAAUGUGCACCCCAAGCCGGGCCGCCUUCCUCACGGGAAGAUACCCCAUCCGAUCAGGAAUGGUUUCUAACAGAGUGAGCCGUGUGAUCUCCACGCUCGGAGCUCCUGCCGGACUCCCUCGCAAUGAGACAACAUUUGCAGCCUUACUGAAGAGGCAAGGGUAUCGUACGGCAUUGAUAGGCAAAUGGCACGAAGGCUUAAACUGUGAUUCCCGACAUGACCACUGCCAUCACCCAUAUAAUUAUGGGUUUGAUUACUUCUAUGGCAUGCCAUUCACUCUGUUUGAACCUUGCUGGCCGGAUCCCUCGCGUGACACGGAAUUAGCCAUCGGGGGCAAAGUCUGGCUCUGCAUUCAGCUGGUCGCCGUUGCUGCACUCACGGCUGCCUUGGGGAAGCUGAGUCGCUUGAUCUGUCUUCCCUGGUCCUUCAUCUUCUCCAUGAUUCUUUUUAUUUUUCUGCUGGGCUACUUUUGGUUCUCCAGUUACAAAUCCCCUCUGUACUGGGAUUGCCUCCUCAUGCGCGAGCACGAGAUCACUGAACAGCCGAUGAAGGCAGAGCGUGCUGGCUCCAUCAUGGUGAAGGAGGCGACUUCAUUUAUGGAAAGGCACCGUGAGGGACCGUUCCUUCUUGUGUUCUCCUUUCUGCACGUCCACGUGCCGCUUCCCACAACCACCGAGUUCAUCGGCACCAGCAAGCACGGCUUGUAUGGGGACAACGUUGAGGAGAUGGACUUCAUGGUGGGCAAGCUUCUUGAUGCCAUUGAUGAUUUUGGUGUGAGGAACCACACGCUCGUCUACUUUACAUCAGACCACGGCGGACAUUUGGAGGCACGGGUGGGCCACGCCCAGGUCGGGGGAUGGAACGGAAUAUACAAAGGUGGGAAAGGCAUGGCCGGCUGGGAAGGUGGCAUCCGCGUCCCGGGACUGGUCCGCUGGCCGGGAAGGUUACCAGCUGGGAAAGUGAUCGAGGAACCGACGAGUAUGAUGGACGUUUUCCCCACGCUGGCGGCCGUGUCAGGAAGCACGGUCCCUCAGGACAGGGUGAUCGAUGGCCAGGACCUCAUGCCUUUGCUUCAGGGAGAUGUCGAGCGCUCAGAGCAUGAGUUCUUGUUCCACUACUGUGGUGCCUUUCUCCACGCAGCACGCUGGCAUCCAAAGGACAGUGAGGCAGUGUGGAAGGUUCAUUACGUGACACCUGUGUUCCAGCCGCCAGGAGCUCAAGGCUGCUAUGAGACCCAAUAUUGCCGAUGUUCGGGAAAACUGGUCACCUACCAUGACCCUCCUCUGCUCUUUGACCUCACAAGGGACCCCUCUGAGUCCACACCUCUGACGCCAGACACGGAGCCCUCUUACAACGUGGUGAUCCAGACGGUGGCCAACGCUGUGAAGGAACACAAGAAAAGCAUCAUUCCUGUCCAGCACCAGAUUUCCGAAUUGAAUCAGGGCAACAUAUGGCUCAAGCCUUGCUGUGGGGUGUUCCCAUUUUGUCUGUGUGACACAGAAGGGAACACAUCUGCCGUGGGGGCAUGAGGAAAACAUGGAGCACAGGCAGACAAAGUCAACGGAUCGUGGCACCUGCAAAAUUUCAAGGAAGGAAUGGGAGAGCCCGUGGGUUCGUCUUCUGUUCCAGAUUACUAAAUGCCCAUUGGUGGUGAUGCUAUGUGUCAACUUCUUCUCUGUUCUUGGGGAUAAAUGUGUAUCUAGGUCCUGUGUGCACCGUUGAUGGGGAAACAAAAAAAAAAUCAACCAUUAAAGAAUAAUCAUUGAAAUUA